GGUCAAUGCAUUUUGUCAUAAGUCGUGUUUAUUAGAAAUUAGGUUAUAAUCGAAGCGAAUAAUAUAAUAUAAUAUAAAAAUGGCUCCAGUGGUCGAGGUUCAAAGUGAAGCGGUGGAGGAAAAAGAGACGGUAAAGGAGACACCGUCCAAAUUGACAAUUGGAAUUAUUUAUCCCCCUCCAGAAAUGAGAAAUAUUGUUGAUAAAACUGCAAGUUUUGUUGCAAGAAAUGGUCCGGAAUUUGAAGCACGUAUUCGUCAAAAUGAAAUUAACAACAAAAAAUUUAAUUUUCUAAACAGUGGUGACCCUUACCAUGCAUAUUACCAGCAUAAAGUUAAAGAGUUCAAAGAAGGCAGAGCGGUUGCAGAACCUGCUGUUGCUCCUCAGCCUACUACCAAACCUACUGCAUCUGUUCCAAAACCUCCUGAGAUCGCUAAAAUUACAGAAUUGCCCGUUAUUCCCAAAGAACCACCUCCAGAAUUUGAGUUUAUUAAUGAUCCACCAUCAAUAUCAGCUCUUGAUCUGGAUGUUGUGAAAUUUACAGCACAGUUUGUUGCUCGUAACGGACGUCAGUUUUUGAUGAAUCUUAUGAAUCGUGAACAGAGAAAUUAUCAAUUUGAUUUUCUAAGACCCCAGCACAGUCUUUUCAAUUACUUCAAAAGCUUGCUUGAACAAUAUACAAAGAUUCUGAUACCGCCUAAAGAUUUAAUAAACAAACUGAAACAGGAAGCUGACACACCAAAAUUGGUAUUGGAUCAAGUAAAAUACAGAGUAGAGUGGACUAAACAUCAAGAAGCUAUUAAAAGACGGGAAGAGGAGGAGGCUGAAAGGGAAAGAGUUCAGUAUGCUCAAAUUGACUGGCAUGAUUUUGUUGUUGUGGAAACUGUUGAUUAUCAACCAAAUGAACAAGGACUUUUUCCACCACCUACAACUCCAGAAGAAGUUGGUACAAGAGUACUUGCGCAACAAAGAUUCGAGGAAGAAGGGGAAGAAGUCGAAAUGGAAGUAGAAUCUGAUGAUGAUGGUAGUGACGCAGAAGUAAACAACAAUGAAAAAUCUGUACCAGAUAAUAUACAGAUACAAGACAUGGAACAAGAUUCUUCUGAUGAUGAUUCAGAAAAACCACCAAAAUCUCACAGUCCACCACCACAACCACCAAAAGAAGCUCCUCCACAGCCACCACCACUUCCUCCUCAACCUGAUCAAGUCAUUAUCAGAAAGGAUUAUAAUCCUAAAGGAUUAUUGGAUCCAAGAUGGGUAGAGCAGAGAGACAGAGCUGUGAAUGAAAAAAUACAACAAGAAGAAGUAUAUGCACAAGGUUCUGCAAUUGAAAGUAGCUUGAAACAAUUUGCUGAAAGACGUACAGAUAUCUUUGGAUCAGGAGAUGAGGAAACAGCUAUUGGUAAAAAGAUUGGUGAAGAAGAAAAGAGACGACCUGAAAAAGUUACUUGGGAUGGUCACACUGCAAGUAUGGAAGCUGCUACACGUGCUGCCAGAGCAAAUAUUACUAUUGAGGAACAAAUUCAACAGAUUCAUAAAAUUAAAGGUUUAUUACCAGAUGAAGAGAAAGAAAGAAUUGGACCUUCUAAACCAUCUCAACAAGGUGACAUAAUUUCUGCUGCUACUAUAGCAUCAAAUGCUACAACAUCUGCACCUCCUUUACCAGCUACUUCAGCCUCUGUUGUAAAAGCACCCCCUAUGCCUCCAUCAUCCACUCUUCCUGGUACUACAGUCAUUCAGAGAACACAUGCUCCUCCACACCACAUAGCAGUUGCAGCUCGUCCAACUGGUCCAAUUCCAGGAAUAAUACCUCCCCAACCCAUAAUGCCUCCUCCUCAAACUUUGAUGAUGCCACCUCUUGCUCCUGCUGCUCCACCACAUAUUCAACCUCCACCUAUAAUAGCUAUGCCACAACCACCUCUUGGUGCAGGAAUGGGUCCUGCUCCACCAUUUGGACAACCUAUGGGUGGUAUGCCUGCUCCACCACCUCCACAGCAUGAACCCACUGGUCCAUCAUUGCUGAGCACCAUGGCAGCAGGAAUGGCUGCAGAAGAAGAACCCCCAACUAAGCGUCAGAAGACUGAGGAGAAUCUCAUUCCUGAAGAAGACUUCUUAAAAGAAAACAAGAGUCCAGUGACAUUCUGUGUGCAAUUGCCAACAUUAGCAGAAAAAGCAGACUGGAAAUUAAAUGGUCAAAUCAUAACUCUAACUUUGCCACUUACAGAUAUGGUAUCUGUUAUUAAAGCAAAAAUACAUGAAGAAACUGGCAUGCCUCCAGGAAAACAGAAGUUGAUAUAUGAGGGUAUGUUUAUAAAAGAUUCUAAUACUUUGGCAUAUUAUAAUCUCUUGCCAUCAACCACUGUCACAGUGCAAGUGAAAGAAAGAGGUGGAAGGAAAAAAUAAAAACAGAUUUAGAUGAUCAGAAAUUUUAAUAAAAAGUGACACUUCUUUAUGAUGAUAAAAUGUAAUAAAAGUUUUAUUUACCAAUAUGAAUUUUCUCAAAACAUUCAAGAUUUUCAAGUUUGUAUUUCAUAAAUAUUAAAGUGAAACAGGAUUACGUGUAAUACAUUUUUUUCUAUAUGUGCUUGACAGAUCUAAGGAACAGAAUGAGAGAAAGCAUAAGUAUGUUUUUAUUUUUUAGUUAAUAUUUAUGUAUAUUUUGGCUUAGCCAAAUAAAUUCCAAACUGUAAUGUGUUUGGAAUAGUAUAAUUAUAUAAUAAAAUAGAAUAUUACAAUACA